UCUCGAUCGGCCGAAGAGAAGCGAUCGAGGCCAUGUGACGCGAUGGCUGGUAGAGCAGUGGAAGGAGUAGCGAAGCUGUGCCAGCGACGGCUGUAUUCGUGGCUCUCGUCUCGCUGUGGCCUCCCAGUCUGCAUUAUCGGCAGUGUUCUUCUUCUGAUCUCUGUUCUCCAGUUUGGAGAGGUACUGCUGGAGUGGAGUAAGGAAAGAUACGAGUAUCAGUUCAGUAUCUACGCAGACAACGUCAUGGGCAAGUCCUAUGAGAAAUACCUGUGUCCGGAGUUGCCAAUAGACAUAGUGUAUACCUGGGUGAAUGGCUCUGAUCCUGGGCUGCUAGAGGCUCUCAGAGAGCUAAAGAAACAGACCAGCCCCCCAACCGAUCCUAUCAAUCCCACUGUGGCAGCAACCUCCCCAACUCCCCAGAGUAGCGACUCCUGUCCUUUCUCAAACUGUGUCCCCUUCAACACAGUUCUGCUGGACGCUCGCUCCGUUCCUCUCCUUCUCCUCUCCUCCCUUCCCUCCAUCUCCCCUCUCCUGGCCAAUGCCUCAGCUGUCAAUAUAGUGAACCCACACGCAGCUCAUCUUUCUCCAGUCCAUGUUGUCCAGCUCCCCUCUGACCACCACGGUCAGUAGUACACACCCUACGUAUAUACCUCCAUCACUGUGCCCUUCUCUCUGCAGUUAGUCUAGUUCUGAAGCAGGGCAUUACUGAUGAUUCUGGUGAAAGGAUUCCCGCAACUCGUGGAUAUCUGACUAAUGACAGUAAAGUGGUAGGGGCAGUAAGGAUGGAGCACCUCAUGCUGGUGGAAGGAUCUGCCGUGACUCACAACAACAGCCAGCAGCUACACACCUGGAUGAAGUCUUGUUUCCAUGGCAAUCUCACAUCUGUGGAAGUCAAAGGUGACGGAAUUGCGGUGGCAGAGUUCACAGCUGUUGGAGACGUAACUAAGAUGUCAAUGUCCGAUGAACUGACGUUUGCUGGGCUGCCUCUGAAACUGUUGCCUGCCUUCCUUAUUUGGAUGCCUUUCUCUCUCCCAACCAACUCUCCUGAGAAUGCGACGGAGAAAGUGGGUGAUGACAUUUCUGCCAGUCGGUUUGAAGACAAUGAGGAGAUGAGGUACUCUCUGAGGUCAGUGGUCCGCCACGCCCCCUGGGUCCGACACAUCUUCAUCAUCACCAACGGACAAAUCCCCUCCUGGCUCAACCUCGAUCAUCCCAGGAUCACCUUAAUUACCCACCAGGAGAUAUUUCCCAACAAGAGUCACCUGCCGACCUUCAGUUCCCCGGCAAUCGAGGCUCAUCUCCAUCGCAUCCCCGGCCUCUCCAAGAGGUUCAUUUAUCUCAACGAUGAUGUAAUGUUUGGAGCUCCAAUUUGGCCGGAGGAUUUCUACACUCCUCGGAGAGGCCAAAAGGUAUACCUGUCGUGGCCAGUGCCAUACUGCGCAGAGGGCUGCCCUCCAAACUGGAUCACUGACCGCUACUGCGAUCAGGCCUGCAACAACUCCAUGUGCGACUGGGACGGAGGCGACUGCCACGGAGCCACUCGCUACGGCUGGAGAGGAGGUGCUGCUCAUUCCCCAUUCUAUUCCCCCUCUCGGGAGACUUGCCACUCGGGCUGCCUCAACAACUGGCUGGGAGAUCGCUAUUGCGACCAGGCAUGCCGGGUCCCAGACUGUGGAUAUGAUGCUGGAGACUGUGGCACUGAAAAGUGGGACACACUCUACAGCGUCGUCCCACGCCCAAACCACACCCACUCCAUUCCAGCCGGAGUCACUGCCAUGUUCUUCAACCUGUCCUCCUACUUCAGAAACGGGAGCAUCUCAUCUGCAGAGUAUUCACCGUCUCGCGUAGUGCGGACGGCAGUGCUGGCUCAGACAUUCAAGACAAUCAGUCUCACUUUCUCAAAGAACACUUCUCGCUGCAUCUCCAACAUUACCGUCAAUGGAACCUCCGCCUCUGGGGGUGUGGUUACUGUUAAUUUUAGUGUAUCAGUAGACACUACAGUGAUCAACCAGACUGUUCGUGGACAAGACUCGUCUCCAUGGAGUUUCCCCGAGUUUAACUCUACCCACUCUGAAGAGUUCCUGGCUGCAGUGGCUGGUAGGUUGAGAGCAUUCAGAAAUAUGUCAGUCAACUAUUGGAUUUCUGAACAUUCCAAGACCAUCUUCACAGAGGCUCCAUCAACUGAGUUGGCUAAUUACGUCGUCACAAACUCCUCCCUCCUCCCAGUGGGUGUGGCCAAAGCUCUGGCCCAGCUGGAGACUAAGUGGAGAGAAGGAGACUUAACGAGGAGGGGCUACCUCAGGAGGCGUGGCCAACUCCUGGAGAACUACCCUCACUUGCGAGAGACCAACGGAAGUAUUGUGUUUGGAGAGGGGGUGGGGCCAGUGGGCGGAGCUAACAGGAAACUACUGUCAGUUGAUAAAGAAUCCAUAGGAGUGCAGGGGAAGUCUCUCAGUGAUGAUGUAAUUAGAGCCAUUACCAACUGGGAACGUCACCAUGGACACUGGGACCCGAACUACAAGGGGUGGGAGAGGAGGCGGUUGCCGUGGGAGAGACUGAGGAUAUUCCCGGAGGAGGGGGUGGACCCCUACUCCACGGGGCCUCGGAGGGGACGCCAUCUCAUGGACGUGUAUGGAGACUCUCUCGGAUUUGUCAAUAAACUCCUGACUAAGGCGUACGGUCACGAGGCAAGGAAGGUCCCCGCCCACAUGCCUCACAUGAUCAACAGGGAGGUGAUGGAGGAGCUGCAGGCAAGAUACCCCGAGGAAUUUGAGGCGACAUCAUCACACAAGCUACGGAGCUCCGACGACAUGCAGUUCUCAUUUUCCUAUUUCUAUUUCCUGAUGAGUGAGAAGAAAGUCAUGGACAUUUCAGACGCCUUCUCUGAGCUGGACUCUGACCAAUCAGGGAUUCUGUCUGUCCGGGAGCUGCGUACCCUGCUGGCGAUGGUGAGCGAGCUCCCCCUUCAUCUUGGAGUAGUCCACAGUUUCGAGUCUCUACUGAGAGAGUGUGAUGACCAGUACAAUGGGACCAGACCGACUGUGGACCCCAUCGAGUAUGAGACACACUACGAUCCCAACCUGCCCACUGUGUGUGUAGCGGCAGAAAGUUGUUCCUGGCACCAGAUCCUAGUCAGGUCCUCUGCGAGGGUCAACAGCCGAGAGGAAGUAGUGUCUGCUACUGCCCACUCAACUAGACACAUGACUGCUUUUCCUCCCUCCAUCUCUCUUAUCAAUCUUAUCUAUCUUUACAACUCUCUUAUUCCUAAACCAAACAGCCUCUGGUGACCCUGGACUUUGUCCGCAACUGCCAACCUCUCAUACUGAAACUUAACUCGACAUUUCACUCCAAACUGAAGUACAAAUUCGAGGUAGUUGGAGAGGAGCAAGUAGCGUUCAAAAUGAUAAACGAAAAUGCAACAAAAAUCAUGGAAAUGUUGGAUGAGAUCAGGAAGGAGAAGAAGAAGUUCAUCUGUCUCAACGACAACAUUGACCACUCUAAGGAUGGAGCUCAUCUGGCCAAGCUGAUUCUGUUGGACUUCUAUGAGUCCAUGUUUCCAUUCCCAUCACCGUUUGAGCUGCCUCCUCAGUACAGGAACAGGUUCCUGCAUGUCUCUGAACUGAAUGAGUGGAUGCAGUUCAGAGGGCGUGUCCAGCUGGCUCUCCACCUGGCAUGCGGUGUUCUCCUCUCACUGACUGUUCUCUCUCUCUUCUAUGGGAAGAUUUUGCAGUGUAAAAGAAGAUUGAUGAGACAUACCCUGUCUCUGGUCUCCAGUGAAAGAACUCGAACACCUUCAGUUUAGCAACCCACUCCCUUCAUCAUUAUAUCUCAGUUAUGUCAAGAAUUUAAUGAUUUUCUCAGUGCAGUAUACACAGAUACAGCUGAUGGCAUGGGGUUUAUAAUGGUGCCUUAUAUGGUGCUCUAUAAUAUAUCAGAGGGAUGGGAGGGAGAGAGUUGUGUUAAUACUGGAAGAGUUUGUGGCAAUGUGUGAUGAGAACUUCUACUGCCUUCCUCUGGUGGGGAAGUUUCUGGACAGCUGACAGAUCUCCGGUGUUGUCAGGGGAUCGCAUGAGGGUAGGGGCAAAGACAACUGACAGGUUCUUGGCAUCCAUCCUGUUAGCCGACUUCAUCAUCUGCACUUUGUAGAGAUGUCUGAGGAGGUGUCUGAGAGUAUUGUAGUGAGCUGGGGGCAGUCUGGACAGGGCCUUGCUCAUGGUCUCCAGUCUCUCGUCCUGUCUCCUGCAACCUGCGGCAAUAAGGGCCAUGUCGUAGGCGUCGAAUGUGAUGAGAGGGACAGGCAGUUCUCUGAGGUACAGUUUGAGAGCUCCAGUGAUGGCAUGUGGGUCAACGUAGGCCUGCAGGUCCGCACUGGCAUCUGCAGGGGAGGCGUGCAGGAAUGUGUUGUCAGUACUGCGUGGGAGUGGGAAGGCUAUGCUUGGCCUGCCAUGGGAACCCUAUACC